GCUAGGGCAUAAAUGAAAUAAUUUAUUUCUCUCUCUCUCUCUUUUUUUUUUUUUUAUAAUAAAAAAAAAAACAUUCACCAUGGCAGCCAUUAACGAUAGUGUUUAUGCACGAGUACGUGAAAAAGUAAAGGAGCAAAACCUCAGCGAACAAGAAUUAAAAGCCGUGGAUACGGCUAGAGAACAACUUCAAACUCACACUUAUACUGGUGGUUUAGUUGGUGCCACAACUGCAUUUUUCUUGGGUAAAAAGAAGAAAUUCAACCCAAUUCAGUUACUUGCCUUAACAGGUGGUGGGUUUCUCAUGGGCACACAAAUGGGCGUGAUAUCAGGCGCUUUGGCAGGUGUAAAAACCAUCCAGAGUUUACCGGAUCCUAAGCGUCUUAUCGGUGUAGUGAGAGAAGUUCAAAUAGAAGCAAUGAAAGGAAGACAAUCUGGUGGAGGAGGAGGAGCACCUCCUACUAUUAGUCCUCACCAAAUGACACCUCAAGAGCUUCAUGAAGCACAAAGUCCACAAGAUCAAUUCUUCCCUGAUCACGCUGAAAAUCAACAAGGAGGUGGCAAGAGCGCCUGGAAUAAUAAGAGAAGUUUAAGUCAUACUGGUGAGCUUGAUAUGACGGAUGAGACAGACCCACUCUCUCGUCAAGAGGCAACAGCAACGACACGUCACUUGAAGCAACAACAGCAACAGAGUGCCUGGGAUAAGAUUCGAGCUGAGAGUUUACCCAAUAAUACAUGGUCAAAGAUCCGUAUGCAAGCCCAAAAGAACCCUGAGGAUGAAGAAGAAAUUGCCAAAGCAAAGGCUGCUAGAGCUAGUCGACUUCGUGAAAAUGCAGAGUUUAGUUAUAAUAAUGUAGAGGAACUACCACGUACAAGAGAGGAAGACAUGCAAAGAGGCACUUCGAGAAAAAAUCAAUGGGGUGAUCCAUUAUAAUAUAUAAUAUAAUAAUAAUAAUAAUAAAAGGCACAUAUUUCUUGUAUAUUAAUAAA